GUCCUUCUCCGCAGGGACUCACUCUGGCGCUUCUCCCCCAAACCGAAGCCACACUUGGUGCAUCGGCCUGCGCGUCUGCACCGCCCUCGCGAUAGGCCGCGGCCAGGCGGGCCCUGGGGUGCGGUGUCCGGGGGCCGACAGAGCGGGACCCGGCCCCUGCAUGCUGCGCUGGCGCUACGGACCCCGAAAUGCCCUUCAGGGCCGCCCCACACCCCAGGGGCCUCCUGUCCCUCCGGCCUGCGGGCUGCGCAUGCCCCCCCUACGUUCUUCUGUUUCUUCCUCCCAACGACCUCCAGACUCCCUCCAUCGCCGACCCUGCACCCCGUGACCCUGCGGCCCCACAGCAACGAGGAGCAUGUGAUGACAACCCAACAACACCCCGCGUGUCCCCAUGAGCCCUGCAGGAGGGCUCCCCUUGCUUCCCAAGGCUGCCUCCUCCAGGAAGCCCCCUGGAUCCCUUCCCAGGAGGGUUAGACCCUCCAGGGGGUCGGCUCUGACCCUCUGCCCCCCCACCUCCCUGCAUUGGACAGCGAGGCCUGCGGGGCCACAUCCCAUCUCCCCGUGUGUGCACACGUGUCCAUGUGUGUCGGACGUGCACAUGUGCUCCUUCAGGCCCCGACACCCGCCCCUGGGAGGCCAAGAGGGCUGGACCCAGGCCCCGAAGCCCCACGGUCCCCACGGGGCCCCAGCACGAGGGGAAGGACACGCUGAGGACACGGGCGGGAAGCGGUCGGAUGCCGGUGCGUCAUUUCCAGCCCGCGGGGCACAGGCACCGACCCCUUGGCACAGACGCACACAGGGGCCGAGGCCACAGCAGCCGGCGCGGCUCGGGUCACCAGCGGAGUCGCAGAUGGGAUCUUCCCGAAGCUGGGCUGACCCGAGGGCGCUGAACACGGCGGCCACGGCAGGACCGUCUCCGUCACCGCCGUCCCCACCUAACCACGGUGUUUCAGGAGGUCGGAGGCAGGGAUGGCCCGAGGCCCCGGUCAAGGCCCAGAAGGCAGCUGCACCGGUUCUCAGUCGGGUCAGGAUGGUCAUGGGUUCCGGAAGGUUCUUUGGGGUGGCCGGGUGGUGUCCAGGCCUCGCGGCACCCCAGGGAAGCCAACGGACAGUGGCCGGUAGGAGGGCCCAGGGGGCAGGGGCAGGGGGGCGGCGUGCGGGGCCUGACCCCACACAGGAGGGCAGCGGCCCCGCAGAGAGAGCACUGUCUGCCGGGGCCGGAGAUCAGCCCCCGACGUUUCCAGGACACCAGCCGCGGCCUGUGUCAGCCCAGAGCCCACGGGGCCUGCCACGCAGCCGCCCUCGCCGCCCCCCAGGGCCCUGCCACCCUGCAGCGUCCCCACAAGCGCCAGGUAGAGGAGACGCAGCGAGGGGACCGGCUCAGGCUCCAGGACCAGAGACGCGGUCCGUGCCCCGCGGGGGAGUCGGCUGUGGACGGGGCUGGGUAUGCGUGAGGAACUAGUGUCCUUCCUUCUAAUUCUGGGAUGUCCUGACCACCACGGAGGGCGGCCAGGCUGCGUGGGAGGUGUGUGAGCUCUGUGGACGGGUCACGUGUGAACACGUGUGCGUGUGGACAAAUGUGCAGGUGUGUGUGCAUGUGGUGAGGGCAGGUGUGGGCGCACCUGUGUGCACGUGAACCACCGCACCCCUCGGUGCAUGGGGCAGGUGUGCAUGUGGUGGGGGCACGUGUGAGAGAGCACAUCGGUGCAUGUGAACGGUACGCACCUGUGUGCAUGGAGUGUGCGUGCAUGUGGUGACGUGUGAGCGCCCGUGUGUGCACCUGCGUGCCCUGAGCACGUGUAUGCACGUGAGCCUGUGUGUGGGAGCACAGCACACGCAGAUGCCGCCCGCCGCCCGCAGGAGACAGGCCACGCUGGCCUCACAGAGCAGGGGUCAAGUCGGGGGGCGGCGGCACAGGGCUCGGACGCAGGUGCUGGGAUCGCCCGCCCUGCCGAAGGAGGGACGGGGUGGCCCCGCUGACACGCGUGCCCAGGUGUGGAGGCGCAGGGACGGCACAGGGCUGAUGUUAGGUGCCAGAAGGCCGAGCUCUCCCCGGGGUGGCAGCGAUGAGGGGGGCGCGGGCGCUGCCAGCAGGUGGGGGCAGGGGACACACGUGCCCCCCGCAGACCCGGCCCCGACCGACCAGCGCAGAAGGGGAGCCGGCCGCCGCUCCCCGAGGACACGUUAGUGGGGAAGACGUCGGUUGUGCAAAAGCCACAGCCCUGCUGGCAGCAGCCCACGGGCCGGGAGGCAGACGUUGUGAAACCCGGAGACGCCGCUGAGCCUCGCGAACAAAGGCCGCGGCAGCCGUGUCCUGUGGCUGCCACCGCGGGUCGUAGGGACCGUCACCCCGACGGCCUGGGGUGGGCUGCCCCCGACUCUCCGGGGAGGGCCGUGUCCUGGCUUCGGGGUGCUGAGUGAGCCUACGGGGGGGGGCACCCCGCACUCCCGGCCUGACUCACCCCUGCCUCGCUCGGCUGCUCCGCCCUCCGCCCUCCGGACCCUCCCCGCCCGGGGGCCUGGCCCCGGUCACAGCCGGGCCGCAGCGGUCCCUGACCCCCCCCUUGGUCCCCGCGCUCCUUGCACCAGUGGCUUCUGACCACCUGCUUGCGUCAGGCCCUGACUGUUGGCACGAGAGCACCGGGCUCCUCCCAGCAGGGUCGCGUCGGGGCACGUUACUGUGUCACAGACGCUGCCGCUGUGGCCUCCGUCUCCCCCCUCCUACCGCAAGGAAAAGGGGCGGGCGCGCUUGUCCUAGAGACGGGGGCGGGGGCGGGGGCGGGUGCCGGGCGUGGGGAACCUGGGCCCCUGACGACACGCUCCGGCCUGCCCCACGCCGUCCCGGGCAUCCAGCCCGCCCGUGGCUGGUCGGUGACCCCCGGCUUCGGGGAACCGGGCGCUGCUUUGGUCCACAGCGUGGCCACGGGGCCGCACACCGAGGCGGUCCCCCCUGCCGCACGGUGGCCCUCGGGCGCAGUACGUGACCGGCCCGCGUGAGGUGCCACCGUGGAAGUAGGUAGGGACGUUCAGAGGCAGCGGGCCGGCAGCCGGCAGGCGCCCCAGUAACGGGCGGGAGCGCGGCCCCGGGGGACACCCGCCCCACGCUGGACCCGAGAGGAGGAAACCUGCAAAGCCCCGCUUUCCUGGGCAGACACAGCAGAGGCUCCGUGGGGCGCCGGGCGGGGGCGCGGGGGGGACGCCCACCCGGAGGGGCCGCCCCGCGUGCUGCGCCUCCCGGAGCCCGGUCGCACGAGUCACGGCGGGACCCUCGCCCCGAAGGCCUGGAGAGCCCGGGGCUGGGGCGGCUGGUCUCCGGUCCCACAAGCCUGGCCCCUCAGCCAGCUGCAAUCGGACCAAACCCCACACGGAACAUUCCUGAAGCCUCCAGUCGGGCCGCCAGGGGCCGGACACGGGGCUCGGGAGGACGCGACUCGGGCGACAUCCGCUGGGCCUCCAGCCGCCCCCCAGCGCUCACGGGGGGGCCCACGCCCCGCUCCGGCCCCGUCUUCCCAAUGCCCAAGGCUCGGCCGCCACGCUACACGCCACGGGCGUCUCCCACGUUACGUAUCUCAACGGCUUGCGUGAAAAAGUGACAAGAUAAAAAGGCAAAAAGCAAACGGGAGAUAAAAUUUACAGCGGACGGGACGGAGGAGCGGUUCUCUCCUACAGAAAGAGCUUGGGACAAGCCGGUAAGAAGCCGUGGAACCGCUCAGAGCAAAGCCGCAAAGCGCAGAAACAGGCCAGUCACAAAAGAACCAAUUGUGUCUUUUUUUUUAAAGAAAAAAUUGGAAUAAC